CCAGUGCUGGGAUCACAGCAUAUACCACGCUACUGCCUGUGUUAUAGACAUUGGUGACUUUGCCAGGGGCAUCUAAACUACAUAGAUGAUGUUCUAGAAGUUCGCAACUAUACUUUUGGAGAUAUCCCAGGACUGCUGGAGACAUGAAAUCUGAUGCAUCAUCAUCUCCUCCUAUGGAUCCCACUUCUGGGUGCCAGGGACAGUCCAAGGGGGCAUCGAGAUGCCUACUGAAGUGUAUGCCAACCAGAGUGGAAGGGUCAACCAAGAGGAGGCUGGCAGCCAAUGCCAGGGAAAGGAGAAGGAUGCAAGGGCUUAACACAGCGUUUGACAGCCUGAGAAAAGUGGUCCCUCAAUGGGGAGAGGACAAGCAGCUGUCCAAGUACGAGACCCUACAGAUGGCACUGAGUUACAUCAUGGCACUAAACAGGAUCCUAACAGAAGCAGAGAGAUACAGGGAUGAGGGGGACUGGUCUGCCACUGCCACCCAUCACUAUGAACAAUUUCAUCAGGACUGUCAGAGCUUCCUGGAACUGUCUUCUCCAAAUGACUGUGAUCACUUCAUUUCACAGACCCUUUCCCACUAGGGAAGGUGGCAGGACUUUCCAUCUACUCAACAGGACUGGCACACUAUGCAGUGCUACCUACCUACAGAGACUAAGAAUAUAAAUGAUUGGGGGUUCUUAUUUAUAGACUAUAAAAAUUGAAUAUAUCUAUUACAGACCAUUGGUUGAGAAUAUUGAUGCUUUGGGUUAUUGUAACAUGUAUCCUUGCAGGAUAACAAUCAUUGCAGCAUUCUAUUUUGGGACAGAAGGUAUUUAUGGGUUAAUUCGUUUUAUUUAUGGCUUAAUUCGUUUUAUUUAUGGGUGAAUUCGUUUUAUUAAUGGGUUAAUUCGUUUUAUUUAUGGCUUAAUUCUUAUUAUUGUUAGGUUAAUUUGUCUUACUACUUCAUAUCAUCAACCAUUUCCUAAUGGGGAAGUUCUAUUUAUCAAAUAGGACUGGUACAACACCUGCACCCCUCUAUAUGAAGAAUACAGACCAUGGGGGCUGGUUUAUAGACUAUUACAUCACAUGGCAACGAAUAUAUCUAUUAUAGACCAUUGUAUGAGAAUAUUGAUGCUUUGGAAUAUUAUAACAUUUACCUUUCCAGCAAAACAAUCAUUGUAGCAUCAUGUACUAAGAUAAAGGUAUUUUUGGGUUAAUUCUUCUUAUUAAUGUAAUUAAUUAAUUUCCUAAUGGGUAGGGUGUCAGGAGGUUCUAUGUAUUAAAUAGGAUUGGUGCAAAACCUGCACCCCUCUGUAUGAAGAAUACAAACCAUGGGGGCUGGUUUAUAAACUUGGAUCACAUGCAAUGUACUGAAUAUAUGUAUUACAGACCGUUGGUCCAGAAUAUUGAUGCUUUGGGUUAUUGUAAAAUUUAUCUUUGCAGGUAACACUCAUUGUAGCAUUCUAUUUUGGGACAGAAAGUUGUUAUGGGUUAAUUCUUCUUAUUUCUGGAUUAAUUCUUAUUAUUAAUAGAUUAUUUCUUAUUACUGUCUGUGAUUACUUUAUUUCAAAGACCAUUUUCUAUAUGGGGAGGUUCUAUGUAUUAAAUAGGACUGGUAUAAUACCUGCACCCCUCUAUAUGAAGAGUACAAACAG